UGUCAUUCCCAGCACCAGGAGAUAGGAGCUGCUUGGAGGAGUCAACAAGACGCUUCAGGAUGACGGUCGUAGCCAUCAAGCUAGUGGUUCUUGGAGCACUGGCAGGAUGGGCCGGCGCAGAUAUCCUGAAGACUAAGAAGGAUGAGGAAGGCGCCACCAAGGCCAUCCUCCCCGUCUGCCAGAGAGAAAACGAGAGCACCACAGUCCUCCCCGCCACAGUCAGCAAGAUAACUGACGACGAGGACUACGAUAACCUGGAGGAGGGAGAAAGUUCACAGGUACUAAUCAGAGUCAACCUGAAGGAGGAAGAGAGUCAUAAUGUUCCUCCUAAUACCAGCACCAGCAGCAACGAUAAUGCCUUCGUCAGCCUAGAUGGGGAAGCGAGUUCUCAGGUACUCACCACCGUCAGCAGGAUGACUGGAGGAGGAAAGGGCUUCAUCGACGACAACAUCGCCACCGCCAGUACAGGGGACCUUGUGAGAACCGCCAGAGGCUUCCUUAGUAAUAGCGUGAGGGGAGGAGGCGGUAGUGGAGGGUUUGUGAAUCAUAUUAGCGGUGGUAAUUUUGGUUCUAGGAUUGAUAGUGGUGGUAGUUUUGGCUCUAGUAGUUAUAGUGGAGGUGGUGGUAGUGGUGGUAGUUUUGGGACCCCCGGUCAGGACUACCUCUUGCUGGCCUCCGUUCCCUUCACUGGCUUCGUCUGUGACUCUCUGCCGGGUUACUACGCCGACACUGACCCCGCUGCUCGCUGUCAGGCGUUCCACGUAUGUCAAGAUGAUGGCAGAAUGGACUCUUUCCUCUGUCCCAUCGGCACCGUCUUCAACCAACAGUACUUCGUGUGUGACUGGUGGUUCAACGUCGACUGUUCCUCAGCUCCUCAGUUCUAUGGAUUCAACGCCGACAUCGGGAGACCAAAUAACAACUUCAUCGACGACAAUUAUGACGGAGGCGACAACCAGCAACACUUCAAAGGCUACAAUGCACAAGGAAAAUAA